AUGGAGAGCAUACCUAGAGGGGAAACAAAGAAGGAAGUCACUUCGUCUGGCAUCGCGGAGCGGCGAACCGGAGGACGGCUUUCUGCAGGGUCACAGCCCGUCCAGCCUCGUAUUUCAGCCCUAGCAGAGUUGGAGCGCCAGCAAGCGGCGCCUCAUUUCAGGAGCCAUCGUCAGUACCUCUCGUGGGCUGACCGCCAGCGCCUGGUCGAUUCUUCGCUUUCAGGCUUAUGGCCUGUGCUUGUGGCCCUUGGAAUGCUCUGCAUGGUAUCAAUAAGCCUAACGGGACUUGAUAACGCAGCCGAUAUCCGAAACUCUUUCAUGGAAGGCAUUGAAGAGCCUUUUGUACCUCAUGAGGCGGAGACUCUACUUCAGCAGCACCGCGGUGUGGAUGUGCAAUCAAGCGAUGCAGACUCUGACCGUGAAUCUGGACCGCUUCUGUUGUCCAAGAAGCGAGAAUUCAUGUCACAAGAUGAAGGGGGGAAGCUGGUGGACUGGGUUGAGCGUCAUAUCAGCAUCAGCGACAGCCUGUUCACACCCAGAGAUUACGAUGUACUUAUGGAAGAGGCCCCCGAGGAUUUACUGCCACUGCAACUCGAUGUAGCGAAGCUUGCGAAUAAACUCAAGACUAAAUCUAGGAAAGUUUCCUCAUUAAAAAUUUUGCUGCAGCUGGACCUGAUUGCGGCUGCACAGUUCAUGUUGUUGUGCCGCGUUGUUGCCGCCAAGAGCGACCUUCGCGAGGAGUACAUGGAGCGGCUGACAGGAAUGCUCAAGCUCUUAGUUAACCGGUUCAGUAAGGAAUGGAAGGAGGCUCUCAACAUGACGCACUAUGUUGCGGAUGUGCAUGAACGCCUACGAUACCAGCGGCUCGUCAGUCACAUCGCCACCAUUACUGAAGAAACAGCUUUGCACAUUAUGGCGGAAAAUAAGCCCGAAAACAAAGGGUCAGCGGAAGUCAAGGAUAAUCAGAACUGGAAAACCGUGGCAUCACGGCUUGAAAUGGAGCGGCUACUAGGGGACGCGCAGUUCCCUGAGCUGCUCGCAGAAGCGCUGAGGGUGGACUAA